AUGAAAAGGAGGAAAACCCUCACGGUAACAGCGAUACUGCUCCUUCAAGCCAUUACACAACAGUGGGUGUCCCUCUGCUUUAAGAGGACUGACAAAGUUGUGCAUAUUUUAAAUCAACAUUUCUUCGACGGACAGAGUAAAGCAGUCACCCCUUGCUUCGUAGCAGCGGCAAAAUAUGGGAGAAAAUGCAAACACGCUUUAAACGAGCACAGGAAUAAAAUUAAGGACGUAAUUAGGCAGUCGGUGAAUCUUCCCGUCCAGCUUCUGCCCACCACGUAUGCCAGCUUCGACAGACAGAAGCACAUACAAAACCUCUGGAACAGCGAACGGGUUUACGAAAGACGCAACUUUGCCAACGUGAAGAAGUGCAUACGCGAUGGAAGGAAGAAGGGAAAAGAAUCUACCCAUGUAGGGGGGGAAAACGGGUUCAGAAAUUGUGCAUCGCUGACCGGGAGAGAGGAACCCACUCAGACAGAACAACUUAUGAAAAAAAAAAAAGUCCUCACAAAUUUAAGAUGGGAAGAAGUGAUUGGCAGUAUCUCCAACCAACACCGGCACACCAAUCACAGACACAGAAGGGAUAAUAAUAUAGGCCAAUUGGGAAAGUCCCCCCCCCAAAAUGUUGAAAAAAAGAAAAAACUACUCCAUUUUUACAGGAAGGUAUAUCAUAAGGUACGUAUCAUCCACGAUGGACCACCCUAUGCAAACAACGAUAUUCACAUAGGACACGUCCUCAACAAAAUUGUAAAAGACAUAUAUUUAAAAUAUUUGCUAAUGAGAAAUUAUUGCGUGAUGCUGAUACAUGGGUUCGAUACGCAUGGACUGCCCAUCGAGUACCAGGUGAUGAAAACGCUCAACAUUAAGAACGUCCAAGAGGUCACUUUGCCUGACCGUUCGGAAGUGAGUAACAAAAACUCGGAAGUUUUUCUGCUCAAUCAGGGGAAGACACCCGGGGGGGAAAGUGAGGGGCAUUUCCCUACCAGGUGGCUCACCAGUAAAGAGAAACGACAUAACUUAGAGAUGCAUCAGACCCGGUUGAACGAUGGACGUCCCACCUUUCUGCGUGACCUGCUGCGCCGGGAGGACGUCCCUCUUGUGAGCCCCAGCCAAGAGGAGAAAAAAAUCACGUACUUCAAAAAUCUGUGCAAGUCGUACGCCGCCCACUUUAUUAACGAACAGUUCAUGUCUCUGGUGUCCUACGGUAUUUGGGGCCUGUGGGACUACACCUACGUUACGUUUUAUGAUCUCUAUGAGGAUAUUCAGCGGGCCGUCUUUCGGCGUCUCCUCGAGCACAAGCACAUCUACGUGAGCAACCGACCCAUAUACCACAGCUACGCCACGCAGACGGUGUUAUCGGACAGCGAAAUUAUUUACAAAAAACGGAUCUGCAAUUCCUUCUACUUCUUUUUCGACAUGCACGGGGUAAGUGAUUCCUUAGCGCUGAAAAUGUUGGGAGCCAGUGUGGAAAACGAACUGGUUAGGGAGUUCAUUCAGGUGGGAGAUCAGGAAUUGGAGAUGAUCCGCACCAAGUUGGGUUCGUCACCAAGUGGGCCCCCCACCAAUGAUGACGCACUAUGGAAGUUGCUAGUUCGAGCAAAGGAAGUGAUAAAGAGGAAGCUGAAGGUACUUGUGUUCACCACCCAAAUGUACACCAUUUUUAACAACAAGUGCUUGUUGAUUCAUGCGGAAUAUGUAUACCAGGUUGUGCAGGUAAUGUUUGAAAAGGCAGAUCCCCUUUUUUUCCUCAUCUGUGAGAAAUCACUGGAUAUGUUCCUCGACUACUUAAAAAAAUAUUACUCAAAGGAGGACAGAAUUUUGGAGGUGAAAAAAGUAGUGACGCUCAAAGGGAAGGAACUGGCCAACUGUACUUACCGCAACUUUGUGAACCAAGUGGAAAGCCAUUUUGUCCUCGUGUCGGGAAAUGAAAUAGAUGAAUCCUUCGGUUCUGGCAUUGUGCACGUGGCUCCUUCACACGGCUUUUCGGACUACAACGUGUACUACCAGAACAAUGAACUGAGGAAGGUACACCUCGGAGGGGAGCACUACCAGGGGGGUGAACGACCAGGGGGGAUGGAAAUGAAUAAUCGCCCCAAAGCGCAGCAAAUUGGAGAACUGACCACUGUGGACGAAAACGUGAUCGACCAGAACGAUGACCUGAAGGAGGAGUACGCAAAGGUGAUCUGGGAGAAGUGUCAGAGGAACGCCGAGCUGAUAAGGCAGGAUGCAUUGUCGGGUAAGGGAGAAAGAAGCCCCCUGCUUAGCAACCUGUUAAAUAAUUGUUUGGGAACCACCCCCAAAAUUAACAUAAACCAGGAGGAUGUGCACUUGCUCUUCUACUAUGCCUUCCACGGGAAUGUGCUGUUUCAUUUCCCCUAUGAGCACCUGUACACAUACGAUUGGCGGUCUCACACGAGUGUGCAGAUAAAGUCGCUUCUGCAAAUUUACGUAGACAUAGAAAAGAUAAAACAGAACAAGCUAUUUUAUGAAAGCAUUAGAAGGGUGAACUUUGUAAGUGACCACGUGAAGGAUGCUUUAAUAAAAACCAUUGAAAACCGAAAUGAGUGGUGUAUAAGCAGGCAGAAGUAUUGGGGGGUAAACAUCCCGUUGAAGGAUUUACUCAUAGGUGGAGAUUCCAAGGUGAGCUUCCGCCAGCAGAUCAUGGAUGUGUGGUUUGACUCCUCCGUUUCGUACCUCUACGUUAUGCACAUGUGCAAGCACAUCCUUUUUAACGAAUACUUCAGAAGGGUGAUUUCGCCUCGGGGGGAGAAAAAAAGGGCAGUUUCUUUGCUAGGAAAAACCACCAUUAGGGAGGAUACACCUUUUUUUAACAUAUACGAUGUGUAUGAUCAAAUGGAGAGGGGAAACGGGGGGAAACGGGACAAGGGGGAUGGUAGUGAGAAGGACCUCCUGAACGAUAUAAUGAGGAAGAGGAAAAUAUUCGACCCGGACGUAAUGUACCAACGGUUAAUGAAGAGACUGAAAAGUGAGAAAAAUUACUUCAAGGUAGGAAGUGCUAAUGAGAUUGUCCACCGGUGUAGGAAGCAAAAAAGGGGGGACUCCUUUUUGGUGAAGGAUAUGGGCGUACACCUGUGCUGUGAGGGGGUGGACCAGAUAAGGGGGUGGUUCCAGUCCUUUUUUUUUAUUUACUUUUUCCUGAACAGUGUUCACAGGGGGGGUAGAGUAGGGACAGGCGCGGUGCAAAACGUGGAUAAUGCCCUCCCAAUCAGCAACGUGAUCGUGCAUAACUACGUUGUGGAUGGGAACAACGUGAAGAUGAGCAAAAGUCUGAACAAUGUGGUCUCCCCCCGUAAGUUGUUCCCGCUGAUGGAAAAUCGCAGUAGCACUACUGAUGUGGUGUCAUUUGGAGGAGCUUCCACCGAAGGGGAUGUUACAGGGAGGAAGACCUCACCGGAGGAAAAACUAAUAAAAAAAAAAAACUCAAAAAGGAGUAGCCCCCCCGGGGGAAGACACUUCAACGCUGACAUCGUGCGGCUGUGGGUUUGCUGUCACAACUUUGUUAACAAAAACGUGUCCGUAAGUCCCCAAAUUUUGGAGGACAUAAAUAAGCAUAUUUAUUUAAAGCUUUACAACACGUUAAAAUUUCUGCUGAACAAUCUGCACGACUUUGAUUUUUCCAACGUAAAGGUGGAACAUGAAGAAGACCUCCAAAUGAUGGACCAAUAUAUAUUCUCCAAAAGGGACACUACAAUACGGUUCUGCCUGAAGGCCUACUCAAAGUUCCAGUUACAGCUCCUUAUGAAACAUGUAAUGAAUUUUAUUAACCGUGAUUUGGCCAUAUACCUCGAUUAUUGUAAAGACAGAUUGUACGUACAUGAGAGGAACUCCAUAAGCAGGAGGAACUGCCAGAAGAUUUUUUACAACAUUCUGGUUGAUAUGGUGAAGAUACUGGCCCCAAUCAUCCCCCACUUGUGUGAGGAUGUAUACGGUACACUACUAUCCGUGAAGAGGAAUGUUGGAAACUUGCCCCUUCAAGAAAGAAAAACACAAAAACACAAAUCGCUUUUCUUCUGCCAAAUGCCAACCAUUAAAAGGAGAAAAGAAGUCCAUUUAGAAACCCUUUUUUUGGUAAAAUAUUUUGUUCAUAAACAGAUGAAUGGAUUUCUUUCCAAUUCGUUAGAGGCAGUAGUUUAUCUGCACACAGAUAAUGAGGAGGUAAUCACCUUGGUGAAGCGUUUUUUGAAAACGUCCAAUCCAUUGGCCAGUUUUAACAACCACGAUGACCUUCGCUUUCUUUUUAACGUCUCCAAUGUUAUCCUAUGUGAGGACUUAAUGGAAUUGCAAAAGAUGGACCCCUCGUUCAGGACUUACAAAAUUCCACUUGUGCCGGGUGGGGAGGGAGCUCCACAGGAGUGUGAUGAGGUGGACCAGUUACUGCGGGGGGACCAAACUGAGGACCCCUUCCAGGAUAUGCUUCACACGGGGGACGUCUCCAAGCAGGCCUCCAUCAGCGUCGGGAUUGGCAGAUCCACCGGGGCUAAAUGUGCCAGGUGCUGGAUGUACGGAACGGUCAGUCCCUUUGAAGGCGAGCUCUUCUGCCCGAGGUGCCUUGGCGUGGUGAAGACAUACUUCAAUUAG